AUGGAUCGCAUACAAUGCUUAGAAAAGGAAAUAAGUGAUUUACGUAAAAUUUUACAAGAAAAAGAAAAUGAAUUGUACGAGAUGAAAAGUAAUUGGAUGCCGGCUCAACCAAAUAAUUUACAUCAAAAUAGGAGUGCACGGUGCGAACCCAACUUAAAAAACGUGACGAGAGUGCACUACGGCGACAAACUACCUAAGUGGGCUAUUGAGAGAUACAGCAGGCAGAUUCUCCUCCCAGAUAUUGGAGUACAAGGUCAGGAGAAGGUCUGUGCUGCUAAGGUUCUGGUGGUGGGUGCAGGAGGGCUCGGCUGUCCUGCAUCCAUAUACUUGGCCGGUGCAGGAGUUGGAGAAAUUGGUAUAGUGGAUUACGACAGUGUGGACCUGACGAAUAUCCACAGGCAAAUACUCCACGGUGAAGGAGAUCAGAACACAAGUAAAGUGGAGUCGGCUGCGCAGGCAUUGAGGAAUAUAAACUCUAAGAUCAAGAUAACUCCAUACAAUAUGCAGUUGGAUUCAAACAAUGCACUGGAUAUAGUCUCCGGUUACCAAGUGGUCCUGGAUUGCAGCGACAAUGUACCCACCAGGUAUCUGCUGAACGACAUCUGUGCUAUGGCAAAGCUCCCGCUAAUAUCUGGGAGUGCUCUCAAGAUGGAAGGUCAGCUCACAGUAUAUGGCUAUAGGGCAGCUGUGAAUCCCAACGAAGGGGAUAUGAUGUACCAAGGCCCCUGCUACCGCUGCCUCUUCCCCCACCCCCCACCAGCGGAGGCAGUUGGCAGCUGUUCCUCAAACGGCGUCAUGGGCCCCGUACCGGGUGUCAUAGGCGCCCUACAAGCCAUGGAAGCGAUAAAGCUCAUCGUCGGUCAAACACACGAAAAGCUACUGGUGGGGAGGCUACUGAUGUUCGACGGGGAGGACGUCACAUUCAAGACUGUUAAACUACGACCGCGCAAUAUAGAAUGCGCCGCCUGCUCCGAAACACCAAGCAUAACGGAACCGAUCGACUAUGAGGCAUUUUGCAACGCCCAAGCCAAGGAGAAGAGGAAAAGAGAGGCGCGGCUCAAGACGCAGCGGCGUCGCGAGGAGAAAGAGAGGAGGAUGACCGGCAAGAGCUACUACGGCUUCCGAACGGCGGAAACGGUCGACCGCGAGGGCAGGCGGUGGAUACAGGACGUCCCGAAAUCGGAGCGCAGGAUGGGGAAUCGCUGCAGCUCCGAGCUCUGCGCGAAGGGCACCCACAGGAGAUGCUCCAGCAUCCCGGACGAGGGCCGCCGGGAGAUGUUCCACCGCUUCUGGAGCGAGCUGGACUGGCGCGAGAAGAGGGAUCACGUCCGCUCGCUGGUGGACACCGUUCCGCCGAAGCGGCGACGUCUCAAGCACAAGGGCGAAGUAUCCAGGAAGGGCGAUACGAGGCUGUACCAUCUGACGCACAACGGGCAGCGGCUGCCCGUCUGCCGGGUGAUGUUCCUCAACACGCUGGGCGUGAAGGAGGCGAUGGUGAGGUGCUGGAUGGCCGGAGACAGGCCCAGGGCGCCGAAGACACCAGUGAAGACGCUGGACGUGACUUCGUACAUCGGCUCCCUGCCCACCUCCCCGCCGAAGUGUACACGGUGCACGGGCGUCCGGUACAUAAGCCUGGACGGCGUGAGGAACCUCAACCAGCUGUACAGUGUGUACGUGAGGCAAACCCUCUCGGGGGGUGGGGCGCCCGCUUCGAGGAAGACCUUUAGCAACGCGGCGGCCGCGAUGAACGUGAGGUUCUUCAGGCCGAAGAGCGAGACGGAUAUAUGCGACCUCGUCAGUCAGCACAACGCGCCCGAACCUCUCGUCUGUGACGGCCUGGCGCCGGUUGACUACUAUUACGACGCCCAGUGG